AUGAGCUUCCUAGAGCAAGGAGACAGCAUCUCAUGGCCAUCACCAACUGUGACCACCGGGUCAGAAAGAACCCUUGGGAAACGGGGGGCCAAGGCCUUGAGAUGGACAAGACAAGAGGCUUUGGAGGAAAGGGAGCCACCAGGCCUGGGAGAAGGUGAGACCAAGGCCAGUUCUAGUUCCCUGUCCAGACCAGCUGCUGAGUCCACUGGGCUGGAGGCCACAUUCCUCAAAACCACAGCUUUGGCUCAAGCCACUUCUCUGCCCCCAGCAGGCCCUCCACCCACAGGCUGGGACUUCCUGCAGCCUGACUGUGCCAUCUCAGGUGUGGGCUCCAGCACAGACGAUCUGGAGUUGGGCAUAGAAUUCCCGGCCAUGGCACCCUGGGGAUAUGAGCUUGAAGGCCUGGUAGAAGAGAAGUUGGCUCUGUGCCCAUCUCCAAAGGCCCCACUGCCCAAGCUGGGCUGGGAUGAUGAGCUGCAGAAGCCCGGGGCCCAGGUCUACAUGCACUUCAUGCAGGAGCACACCUGCUACGAUGCCAUGGCAACCAGCUCCAAGCUGGUCAUCUUCGACACCACACUGGAGAUCAAGAAGGCCUUCUUUGCCCUGGUGGCCAAUGGAGUGCGGGCAGCUCCUCUGUGGGACAGCAAGAAGCAGAGCUUUGUGGGGAUGCUGACCAUCACAGACUUCAUCCUGGUGCUCCACCGCUAUUACAGAUCCCCCCUGGUACAGAUCUACGAGAUUGAAGAACAUAAGAUCGAGACCUGGAGGGAGAUAUACCUGCAAGGCUGCUUCAAGCCUCUGGUCUCCAUCUCUCCCAAUGACAGCCUGUUCGAUGCUGUCUACACCCUCAUCAAGAACCGAAUUCAUCGUCUGCCCAUCCUGGACCCGGUUUCAGGCACUGUGCUCCACAUUCUCACCCACAAGCGACUGCUUAAGUUCCUGCACAUCUUUGGCGCCCUGCUGCCCCAGCCCUCCUUCCUCUCCCGAACCAUCCAAGAUUUGGGCAUCGGCACAUUCCGAGACUUGGCUGUGGUGCUGGAAACGGCCCCUGUCUUGACCGCCCUGGACAUCUUUGUGGAUCGGCGUGUGUCAGCACUGCCUGUGGUCAACGAAUCUGGUCAGGUCGUGGGUCUCUACUCCCGCUUUGAUGUGAUUCAUCUGGCUGCUCAGCAAACCUACAACCACCUGGAUAUGAGCGUGGGAGAAGCCCUGAGGCAGAGGACACUGUGUCUGGAGGGCGUCCUUUCUUGCCAGCCCCAUGAGAGCCUGGGGGAGGUCAUUGACAGGAUUGCCCAGGAACAGGUACACCGGCUGGUGCUAGUGGACGAGACUCAGCAUCUCCUGGGUGUGGUCUCCCUCUCUGACAUCCUUCAGGCGCUUGUACUCAGCCCUGCUGGCAUCGAUGCUCUCGGUGCCUGA